UCCCGCACCACAGCUCAUGAAUUGCAAAGUUUCGAUGUUCAACUUCAUAAUCCUCUAGUCCCAUUCCGGUCCUAAUCAAAUCGAUGGCCGGUCGCACCGUCAACGUACUCAACGUAGCGGAGAAGCCGUCAGUGGCCAAGUCUGUCGCCACUAUACUAUCGAGGAACCAGGGCCUGCGAGUAAGGGAGGGUCGUUCCCGCUAUAACAAGAUUUUCGAGUUCAACUACGCGAUUCGGGGCCAGCCUUGCCACAUGCUCUUCACAUCCGUUACUGGCCACCUUAUGGAACUCGAAUUCGAAGAGCGUUACCGCAAAUGGCUCUCAUGCGACCCCGCCGAUCUUUACCAUGCUCCUGUCCAUAAAUUUGUUCCUGAGGACAAAAAGGAUAUUAAAAGGACACUGGAGGAGGAAUCAAGGAGGUGCCAGUGGCUUGUUUUGUGGCUUGACUGUGAUAGGGAGGGUGAAAACAUUGCAUUUGAAGUAAUAGAAGUGUGCACCGCAGUAAAUCGCCAUCUUACUCUAAAGAGGGCUCGUUUUUCUGCCUUGAUUGACAGGGAAAUACAUCAGGCUAUGCAGAAUCUUGUUGAACCUAAUAAGUGGUUUGCUGAUGCCGUGGAUGCUAGGCAAGAAAUAGAUCUUCGUAUUGGUGCCUCCUUCACCAGGUUCCAGACCAUGUUAAUGAAAGAUUCUUUCAUAAUUGAAUCUGCCACAGAUGAUAGAAAUCUUGUCUUAAGUUAUGGCCCCUGUCAGUUCCCUACACUUGGAUUUAUUGUGGAGCGAUACUGGGAGAUACAAGCACAUGAGCCAGAAGAGUUUUGGUCUAUAAAUUGUUCUCAUAAGUCAGAUGAAGGCAUUGCUAGUUUCAGUUGGAUGCGGGGUCAUUUGUUUGAUUAUACUUGUGCGGUUAUAAUAUAUGAGAUGUGUGUUCAGGAACCAACUGCAACUGUCACGAAAGUUAGACAACAGGAGAAGCUGAAGUUUCCUCCACAUCCUCUGAAUACCAUUGAGCUUGAGAAACGUGCUUCACGGUACUUCCGGAUGAGUUCUGAACAAACAAUGAAGGUGGCAGAAGAACUAUACCAAGCUGGUUUCAUCAGUUAUCCUCGCACAGAAACUGAUAGCUUUUCUUCAAGGACUGAUUUGCAUACAAUUGUACAAGAACAGCAGGCGCAUCCUGAGUGGGGAACAUAUGCACAGCGCUUGUUAGAUCCUGGGGCAUCACUUUGGAGAAACCCUAGUAAUGGGGGGCAUGAUGACAAGGCCCAUCCACCCAUCCACCCCACAAAAUUUUCUAUAGGAGAAUCUGGGUGGAGCCAGGAUCACCGUAAAUUGUAUGAGUUAGUUGUUCGCCAUUUUUUAGCAUGUGUCUCACAGCCUGCUGUAGGAGCUGAAACCACUGUUGAAAUUGAUAUAGCUGGUGAACUGUUUUCUGCAUGUGGGAGGGUGAUACUUGCGAAAAACUACCUGGAUGUUUAUCGAUUUGAAUCUUGGGGUGGAUCAAUGAUUCCAACUUAUAUUGUUGGUCAACAGUUUAUUCCAACAACACUGACCCUUGAUUCAGGAGUGACCAGGCCCCCACCACUUUUGAGUGAAGCUGAUCUACUGAGUUGUAUGGACAAGGAGGGUAUUGGUACAGAUGCUACAAUGCAUGAUCAUAUUAAGAAGCUUCUUGAUCGGUUUUAUGCAACCAAGGAUGCAAAUACUCGUUUCACACCAACUAAUCUUGGUGAGGCACUUGUUAUGGGCUAUGAUGACAUGGGGGUGGUCGGCAGUUGGCCCUCUGUGGGAGCUAUUGAGCAGACAAUGCUAGGUAUAAGCUUUGGAAACCAUAUCUCAGAGCAGUUAUGGAACGUGACAUGAAAGAAGUCAGUGAAGGUAAUAAAACCAAAGCUGAAGUUUUGGCAAGCAGCUUGCAGCAGAUGAAAGCUUGCUUCCUAGA